CGGCCUGCUGGGCGUGGGCCGUGGCGCAGGGAUGUCGAAUGUGCGAGUGGCCCUGAGGGUCCGGCCACUCAGCAAGAGGGAGACCGAAGACGGAGGAAGAAUUAUUGUGGAAGUUGAUGGCAAAGUGGCAAGAAUCAGGAGCUUAAAGGUGGACAAUCGAUCACAUGGCUUUGGGGACUCCCGGGAGAAGGUUGUGACUUUUGGCUUUGAUUAUUGCUACUGGUCAGUCAACCCAGAGGACCCUCAAUAUGCAUCUCAGGAUGUGGUGUUCCAGGAUUUGGGGACUGAAGUGCUCUCUGGAGCCGUCAAAGGUUACAACAUAUGCCUCUUUGCCUACGGACAGACAGGCUCUGGGAAGACAUACACCAUGCUGGGGACCCCUGCCUCCGUGGGGCUGACACCGCGGAUAUGUGAGGGUCUCUUCAUCAGGGAGGAAGACCACCCCUCACUGCCUUCCUCCUGCAGGAUAAAAGUAAGUUUCUUGGAAAUCUAUAAUGAACGGGUACGGGAUCUGUUGAAGCAAUCUGAUCAGAAAAAAUCCUACACCUUGCGGGUCAGGGAGCAUCCAGAGAUGGGGCCCUAUGUACAAGGUUUAUCUCAACAUGUAGUUACCAACUAUAAACAAGUAAUUCAACUCUUGGAGGCGGGGAUAGCAAACAGACUCACAGCCGCCACCCACGUGCAUGCAGCCAGCAGCAGAUCACACGCCAUCCUCACCGUGCACUACACACAGGCAGUCCUGGAGAAUGACCUCCCCUCAGAAAUUGCUAGCAAGAUCAACCUUGUGGAUCUAGCAGGCAGUGAAAGAGCUGAUCCUAGCUACUGUAGAGACCGGAUUACAGAAGGAGCCAAUAUCAACAAGUCCCUUGUGACUCUGGGGAUUGUCAUCUCCACCCUAGCCCAGGACUCUCAAGUAUUCAGCAGCUGCCAGAGCCUCAACAGUGCAGUCAGUGAUGGUGGUGACAGUGGGGUCCCUAGCUCUCCUGGGGCCAGCAGUGGAGGGGGACCUUUCCGGAGGCAGUCUUACAUCCCAUACCGGGACUCUGUGCUGACCUGGCUGCUGAAGGACAGCCUUGGGGGCAACUCCAAAACCAUCAUGGUUGCCACUGUGUCUCCUGCACACACCAGCUACAGUGAGACCAUGAGCACUCUGAGAUACGCGUCCAAUGCCAGAAACAUCGUCAACAAGCCUCGGGUGAAUGAGGAUGCAAAUGUAAAGCUGAUCAGAGAACUCCGAGAGGAGAUCCGAAGGUUGAAAGCCAUGCUGCUGAGCUUUGAACUGAGGAACUGCAGUUCACUGAAUGAUGAAAAGGAUGCAAAUCUGAAGGAGCUGGUCCUUCAAAAUGAGUUGAAGAUUGACAAGCUGACUAAGGACUGGACCCAGCAGUGGGGUGACUGGAAGGCCCUCCUGGAGCUCUACAGUGUGGACAUCAACAGGAGGAGGGCGGGGCUGGUCAUUGACUCCAGCCUGCCACACCUGAUGGCCCUGGAGGACGACAUGCUCAGCACGGGUGUUGUGCUCUAUCACCUCAAGGAGGGAACAACAAAAAUAGGAAGAGUGGACUCAGACCAGGAGCAGGACAUCGUCCUGCAGGGCCAGUGGAUUGAGAGAGACCACUGCACGAUCACCAGCACCUGUGGCGUCGUCGUUCUGCAUCCUGCCCAAGGGGCCCGCUGCACUGUGAAUGGCCGAGAGGUGACGGCCUCCUGCCGUCUGACCCAAGGGGCUGUCAUAACCCUGGGGAAGGCACAGAUGUUCCGGUUUAACCACCCAGCAGAGGCUGCGGUCCUGCGGCGGUGGAGACAGGUCGGAGAGGCUGCUGGUGGCACUGGCUCUUUGGAAUGGCUGGACUUGGAUGGAGAUGUCACUGCCUCCCGGCUGGGUCUCUGCCCUUUGCUUUGGAAGGACAGGAGAGUGUUGGGUAAGCAGUGUGAAGACUACCCACAGCCCAAGGAUGGAGAGAUGCCUCACAGGGCCCGGAUGCAGCAGCAGCAGUGCUUUGUGGAAGGUUUGAGGCAGCAAAUCCUCGAAGGUCAGAUCAGAGCUGAGCAGGAGCUGAAGCUGGACGAGGAGUGUAUUAAUCAGCAGAUUGAAGACAACCAGCAGUGGCUGUUCGGAGAAGAGACCUGGCUGGCCAGCUUGCAGCAGGAACGGCAUCCCUGUGCAGCAGAGGCAGAGACAGACCCUGAGGCUCAGACAGGUCCAUCUCCGAGGGUCCGGAGCCUGAAGCGGGUGGUGCAGCUCCGGUCAGCUGAGGGGAGCGUCUGCCAAAAAAAGGCCACAUUCCAGCUGGAGAGAAUCAUCAAGACGCAGCAGCUCCUGGAGGCCCGGAAGAGCCUGGAGCAGCUCAAGACCUUGUGCUGGCUCCAGGAUGGCUGCACCCAAGCGCCCCCUGACCUGGGCCCGAGCCAAGACGCUGUGGUCCCAGGGCCUCGACACAGAAGCAGAUCCACCAGUUUCAGUGCUUUGAGCCUCCGGAGGCUUUUCAGCCAGUCCUUGCCCCAGCCACACAGUGUUCUCCUGAACUGGGAUCCCACCACCACGGCACCUCCGAUGCCUGACCCUGCUUGGCACAUGCUGGAGCAAACAGCCUCAGAAGAAAACAUGCCUCAGGCUGCUCUCUGUCCUCCAAGGACAAGGAGGCUCAACCAAAAUGACCUCUGUUCCUCAGGCCAAGGCCGGCCAUGCACAGCCAGGGAGGCCUGGGCCAUGAAAGGGGCCUCGGCUCUGGGCAUCUGCCUCACUGUGAGCCAGGGACUGGACAGAGUCGGGAAGCAGCCCCGCCGGAAGCCAUCCCAAGACUCGGCUUCUCUGAGCCAACCAGUGAACAAGCUAAAGUCAAGGGAUGAGCCUCUAGGCCUCCCACCUACCUCCCAGAGCAGAAGGGCAAAGGCACUAGCCGGGUCUGGCUGUGUGCAAACCCAGGGGCGAAAAGAAGUGGACCCUGUGACCCAUAAGGCUGCCAAGGGAGCCAGCUGCGGUUCCUCCCAUCCCCGCGGGCCCCAGCAGACAUCUGGGCGUGGAAAGGCAGGCAGAAUUUUCCGGGCAGAAUCUAAACCAACAUCUGCAAGCAGGGCAUCAAAAAGGCAGCAGAGGGUGCUGGCAGCUAGGGUCAGAGACACUGCCAGGAAGUUUCCUCAUUUACCUCACUCUUUAAAGAGGCAUCACCGUGCAGGGGACCCAGACUCCACGGCACCCCCCACAGACUCCAGUCCUGUAGUGAGUAACGCAGGAGAAAAUGACGAUGAGCUCUCUGACACAAACAGCAAUUACUCAGUGGACUCCCUGUCCUGUGUCGGUGCCCAAGCACCAGCAGAGCUGCUGAAGCCAGAGGAUCCCCAGUGGGAGAAGCUGGGUCUCCCAGAGCCAGAGAAAUCAGAGAGCGAUGAGAGCCAACUAUCUGAGGACUCGCUGACUGGGCAGGGGUACCAAACCCAAGAAGACAGUCUGAAUGGCCAGCAUCGUGCCACUGGCCAUGGUUACCGCAGGACCAGAACAAGAGCCUCGGGGAGGAGCUUCAUCGGACCCCCUCAGUGUGGACCACUUGCUCUGGUUCACAAGAGCUUCUCCUUGGAUAGUCUGGCUGAUGCUGAGGAAGAACUGGGAGAAGAUCGGCAAGAAAGGCCUUUUCUUGGUUCACCCGAGGAGAUGCCCACAGAGAGUUUUUGGCGCCUGCAGAGCCCUGGGAUGUCCGUAGUAGACCAGGAGACAGCAAGCAGUUCUUUUUACCUCAAGCCUCCGUUCCAGCCCCCUUGUGGACAGUCUGAGCCAGCAGUGGAGGCAUGCCACCCUGAAAAAGCCAGCUCUCUCCUAGGAUUGCUGCCAUCCAGAGGGAGCCCGCUGAUGUCCAUUGAUUCCUGGUUCUCCUGUGACUCAAAGAUCAACCCCAGUAGCCCCCCAAGAGCAGUGGGUUCUUUGUGUGUGAGUCCUGAGGUCCAGGAACAUCAGCCCUGCAGGUGGGAAAAGUCUGGGUACAGGCUCAGUGUGAAAGAACUGGACCCAUCCGAUGUCGACGCAGUCUUGCCAUGCAGCUUCACACUGCUCCCCUGCGACGCGAGAAAUGAAUGCAUAGCCCCCACUUCUGAGCCACCGCUCUGGAGGACUGGUGGCCACCUGCAGUCGGGAGCUGAUGGAGCAACAUCUCAGGGGCGCAGUCUUCCUGACACAGCCCAGCAGGCCACCUCGGAAGCGUCCAAUAGCUCUAGUGUGUCCAACAUGCUGGCUGCCUCUGCUGCCUCCCUCACACACGUAGGAAGUGCCUGUGAAAGGGACUGGGCUGCUCUCCAGCAAAAGUACCUCCUCGAACUGUCUUACCCUGUUCUGGAUGCCGCAGAAGAGCCCAGGCCGGCUUUCCCCCGCCUUGAAGAAGACUCUGCUUCUCUGGCCCAGCCCGUUGGCCCUGGGCUGCUUUCUAACAACUUCUCCACCCACCUAGCCAAAAGGACACGUUUGCGAGCAGAAAAAGAACAGGACCGUUUGAGUGCCAGGUUGGAAGUUGCUUCAGAUUUCUUUAGGCCUCGUGAGGAAGAGGUACGCUACAACAAAACUUCGUCAGCAGAGUUUGAGUCGCCGGCGUCCGGAGCACACAUCUGUGCGGCAGAGAACCAGGUCCCAGAUUUGAUGAUAGAAUCGUGCAGAGUCAGAGCGAGCAGUCUGGGCACGUCCUCUCAGGGGAGCAGGAAGCCGGGAUUGACGGCCUCUUCUGAUGAGAGUUUCUUCCUGGGGGACCCUUGUCACAGUGAUGGCACCACGGCCAACAAAGGCCAUUGGCCCCAUGGCUGGGUGCCCCUCGGGAAGAACAUUGCAGGCCAGCCAGGGCUACCAAGGUCCAAAGGCCACUGCCCGCUCCAGGAAGAGAAGGCAGAUUGCCAGGCAAUCGCCAAAGACCCAACCUUUUCCUUUUCCUGUAGCUCUUCCUUUCCAUCCGAUCCAGAGCUGAACCUGCACUCUGCUCCCUGGGACCCGUUUCUGUCUUCCCUGCAGCCACCUCCCCUAGAAACAUUCUAUGAAGCCAGAAGCAGGGAUGCCCUGACGGAAACCGCCUUGGAGAUCCCAGCCUACAGGAAAGCUGGGGUACCUUAUCCACCCCCCAGGGAAGCUUGGGGCGCCGGACAAGAGCCCCGGGCCCUCCACGAGGCUUGUUUGGGGAAUGACGUGCCAGGGCCCUCACCAAACCAAAGCCCUGAGUUUGCCUCACCUCAGCCGGCCACAUCAGAGAGGCCAGCCGAUGGGAGAGCCAGGGAAGCCCCAGGAGAAGUGGGGGAAUGUCUGGGAAAUGGUGGGAAAGGAAGCCAUGGUUCGGGUUCUUUUUCUGGUCCUCCAAACAGACCACCUUUCUCUCCCGCCGCCACGGAAGCAUGUGGAUUUGACCAUCAAGUUGGAAUUUUAAACAAAAAGGACAACCUCCUAGCACUCAUGGGGGGAGAAAAGGCCCCUACUCAGUCUGGUCUCAGUGUUUCCUCAAGCAGCUCUGUUCCUGGGCAGCCCCUCUGUGUUUGUGACGCGGGACAGGGCCAGGAUGGAGUCCUAAGGCCAAACCAGCCCCCCGAGCUGGACAGACAGUGUCCUCCAGGGGCCAGGCCUGCGUUUAUCUGUGAAGCCGACAAUUUAGGCCUUGAAAAGAACAUGCUAGGAGAAACUACCCUUUCUUUGAAGUCUAGAUCAGUAGGUCACAGUGCUAGCAGCCCAGGGAUUGUUGUGGGCCAGGAGCAGGACCCCACCCCCAAGUGGGAAGGGAAGAGCAACACUGGGCUUCCCGGGAAAGCGCUUCCUCCUGCGGACAGCUUGGAUGAGCUUACACUUCCAGGGCCAGAGUCUUCCCAUGAAAGGCUGCCGGGAGUCCCAUCCUCUCAAGAGAGAAGCCUCAGUGAGUGCAAGCGGCCUGGGAAAUCCCAAGAGAGGACACCAGAUGAAGCUGCUGGGCUGAAACAGAGCAAAAGGGUCACUAAUGAUGAGGAGAUGGCGAGGCUGAUCCGGAGCGUGGUGCAACUAGAACACAGCAUCUUGGAAAUCGGGUCCAAGCAGAAUGUGCCGCUGCACGCUUCCCACACACGGAGGGCCCGCAAGGAGGUGGCAAUUCAAGACCUGGAGAAGGCUGACCAGGUUCUGAGGCCGGGUAGCCCUGGAGACCACUUGUCCUUCAAGUAUCAGUCACCUUUCACAGGACAACUUGCUGAUGUGAUCGUGAGGGAUUGUGGAGUCAGAGAAAGGAAAGGCCUUAGCGGUUGCAUUGGGAGAGAUGCCCAGGUACAAAGCCCGUUCGAGACAUGGGAGUGUACAGAAGAGAUUCCAUUUGUCAGAGAGCCCCUUGACCUAGCUGCACUGGAGAGCUCUGCCAGGGACACUUGGGGUUAUUUUGGGACGUGUUCAGCUCCCGGAGAGCCCCCCAAGGCUUCCAUUCACAUCAGGAGAAUGAGAGCAUUGACCAGAGAGCGGCCAUUGCUGCCCAGACCUGAGAGCUCUUCCGAAAAUGAGGAUUUAUUCAGCCCAGCGGCUAGCCCCCGAGGGCAACCUUAUGCUUUGGUGGGUCUUGGGGAAGUGGAGACUAUGGAAGGUUUCCAGAAAAUCCAAGUUGCGGAACACAUAAGCAAUUCCAAGCAAGCAGAGCUGGAAACUCAAGGCCGAGUGGAGGAAAUGGCAACGCAAAUGGGAGGGAGCUGGCAGGAGGAGCAGGAAAUGGCCCCUCAGAGGCCCCCCAGGCCACACUUACUUUGUAGGAGCAGAUCUUUCAGCCUGGAGGCUGACAGCCCGAGGCUGAGCCAGACAGUGGCCUACUACCAAGAGCUGACGAGCUCCUUGCCCCCGACUCCGGGGUGGCCAAGGAGCUCUUUUUAUGCCCCCCACAGCGCGAGCAUCUUCUCCGUUGACUGCGUGCUUGACAGCACAGUGUUUAAAACCCAUGACAGCCCCUUGGUCACUGGAGUCGGGCGUCUGCCGCAGAGUGGAGACCCCAGGAGCCACAGCGCUCGGGACUGCAGUAGAGGGACGGCCUCCGUGGCCCACACUGCCGGGGGUGGGUCUGCAGGCUCCACGGUGGCGAGGGGAGCUCACGGUCCAUCUGGUGCCCCGGAUAGCAUUUGCCUUAAGGAAGAGGACAGGGCAUCAGCGAGCGCCACCCCCAGAGGCCAGGGGUGGGGCCUCCGAAGCACCAUGGUGGACUGGAGUACCAGCGAGGGUUUAGCUCUCCAAACAGAGGCUGCUGCACAAAAAGAAAGAGCGAGUGCCCUAAAGUGGAUCGCUAGCCAGCUUGACGAGAGAGUCAGCGGUCUCUUAGAACAGGGUGACUUCCGAGACAGGGAGGCAAGGCAGAAGGCAGGGAAUGAUGACGCAGACCUCGGCUUUCCCACUGCCGCCUUCUCGGCUCCUGCUUCCCUGACAGAGCUUCCCAGUGCAGAGCCCAGGAGGCAAGGCCCCUCCGUCCACGCUUCCUUGUGUCUGGCUCUGCUGGAGGAGGUCAGACAGGCAAAGGCCCAGGGGAAAAAAUUCAGUGACUCUGUGGCUAGGAGGACAAUCGUUCCUUAUGGUGACACUUUGCCAGAGCCUGAAUGCCCUUCAAGGAUCCCUGGGCGACCUCCAUAUAAACGGGUGGACCAGUCCGAGUCAGACAGACCCAGAGACGAAGGGGGAGCCCUGGGACUGGGUGUGGAACCGCUGUCUGAUGGAUCAGGACAUUUGUUGGCUGACAAGAGGAAAGUCCUUGAGACCACACCCCUCUCUGUAGAGAGCUUCCAACUUCAGCCCCACUCAGAAAGUCACCGAAGCACCCAGCCUCCCUCUCAGGCUUCCUCUCCUGCUGCUCCUGCUCUGGGCAGAAGCCAUUGCCCUGGAGAGCUGAGGCAUCUUCCAGGAGAGGCAGAACAGCUGAGAUGUCACACUAGUUUUUCGGGAGUCCCGGAGGAAACAAAAGAAGCAACCGGCACAAUGUCCUCUCCUGCUCCUUUGGGCUCAGACUGUCUUAUUUCUUCUUUGGCUGUGCAGGAGGACAGGAGGGUAGAACCAGAGAAAAUGGUACCCACCUUAUCUUCUCGGUCCCCCUCUAGCUGUUCUGAAGUGAUUCGAUGUCACAUCACAGAUGGCACUCUCCCCGGCUGCCAGGAGAGCUGCCCAGAGCACCUGGAACCUGCCACUCAAGAUACCACAUGUGUAGGAAGUUCAGGGCACUUCUCAGUAUCUAAACAGGAAGGAAAGCCAAGCCAGUGUGUGCUCUGUGGUGGUCAAAGCUCUGCUAGACCCUCAGGACCUAAGCAAGACCAUGUACAAUGCCCCGGGGCUUCCAUGGGCUUAGGGGAAGGGAGGGCAAGUCCCCAACAAGGUGCUCUCAGGUCUGGGGCUCUGAGGACGGUUGAACUUGAAGAUGCCCCUCAGCUGUGUGAGAACUGGAAGCAGAAUGCUGGACCUGGGCUGGCAGAAGCCUGUAGGGCAGGCAACCAGCAUCUGGAGCCAAGUUUAUGGCCAGAUCAGAGACCUAGUCCAGGUUCUGGGGGCAUUGGGGAGGAGACUCCAUCCAGCUGCCCACAGGAUGCUUUAGAUUGCAUGCUCUUGGGUACCACUGACAGCAGCAGGGCACUCAGCGCAUCUUGGGGCCAAGAAGAGAGCCGAGCUCUUCCUCCCCUGCAGCUGUGCAGUCCUCAGCACGUUACCUGUCACACCUGUUCUCCUGGUUCCUCUACUUCACCGCAUUCUGGAGAUGGUUGCCUGGAGAAGAGGACUUCCAAGGCUGUCAGGCAUGCUACCCAUCUACCCUGCAUCUUACCGUCCAGGGCCUGUGGCAUGAAUGAGGGAGGGCCAGGCCACUGUAGAGAAUCUGGUAUGUGCCUGCCACAUACCCUCAAGCCCAAAGGCAUGAAUGUGGAGCUGAGGCAAGCAACUCCCAUCUCUUCUCUGACUCAAGACUGCAGCUUUCCUUUGGCUGCAGAUGUGAGGACAAGUCCCCUUGACCACUUGACUACUGAUGGAAGCUCAUGGUCAGCAGGGGAUCCCGAGAGAACUUUUGUUGAGAAGAAGACUAUUGCAGAGUUUGAGGAUGCACCACCUCUAGGCAUGUGCUCUGAACCACUCAGGAAGUUUCAAGACAGCUACACAGGUAGUCAGAACUUACAGCCAUCUCAAACCAAGCCCCAGACACCUAUAGCUCUUGAAAGACUUAAUGCCCAGGGCUUAGGGGAAAGGCAUAUCGAGAAUGAGCUUGUGAUGCAACCACAGCAUGGUUAUCUAGAAAAUACCAUUAGCGAUCUUCCAGAAAGGCCACAACUGUCCACUGAGCCCAGGAAUGGCAGUGGCUUGAAUUUGCAAAUCAAGUUUGUAACAAGACUAAGACACUUCCAGAGUACUCAGGUUGAUAGUCCCUGGGAGGAGGAAGAGCAGCAGAGAGACCAGGCUCCCAGUGAUGGUGCAAGCCCUGCCCAGGGUGGGCACCAUCCAUCUUCCGAUGAUGCCAACUUGAACGGUCAGAUCAGAGAUGCCAGGUUGGAGCGGGAGACUGUGUCCAAGCCCGAGAAGUGGUCAUUGGACUUGAAAGACUCGGCCACUAUGUGUUUGGGGCAAAGUGGGCCACGGGCUCCUGUCCAGAGGCUGGACCAACCCUGCUCUGGCAGGGACCGAUUGUCUUCCCAUCAUCGCAGUUCACUUCCUGUGAUUGCAGUCUUCUCUGGCCCCAAACACUCCCCCAAGGCCCUCCCCAGACCGCUGUUCUCUGUGGUCGACUCUUCCUGGUCUCUGCAGAAGCUGAACUUGCGUAUGGAGCCUCCUUCCCCCGCAGAGGAGGAGACACAGGGACCUCACAGAUUCUGGAGCCCGCAUCCCAAGGGCUGCUGCGCAGGAGAGUUGGCGGCAAGUAGCACUCUGGGAGGCGAGGCCUGCAGUCAGAGAGCCUUGGCUCAUCUGGAAAGCAGGGCUGCUGACCACGGGCCACUGAAACCUCCCACCCUGCCUUACCCCACCUCUUCAGCUCUCUCAUGCAUGCCAACCCCAGAUACCAAGACCUGCUGGAUGCCUGGUGCCCGGGAGCAGGCCCAGAAAGAGAGGCCAGAGUGGCAGCUUUCUGAGGCAGACACAUGGAGGCUGCACUUUGACUCCAGUGACAUCAAUCCCUACAUUCUGCCCUGGCAUCCAGAGGGGCCUGGCCAAAUUGGCUGGAAGCAGUCUGUGUUUGGCAGUGCAGUCGAUGUCUCCUGCAGCCAGACCCCCCAGGGCCUGACACCGUCACACGUGGCCCGCUGCUCCAGCCUCGGCGAUGGUCUGGAAGACCAGAACUCUCCCUUCCACUCCCACCUCAGCACCUACGCCAAUGCCCAGGACCUGCCAAGCACACGCAGCAGUACUGAGAACACCCGGGCUUCAAAUGAAGCUUCAAAAGUUGAGGGCUUGGGGGAGCCCCACACCAUGACAGGCUCUGAAGAAGCAGACCGAAUAUCGCAGCUCAAGGGCCCUCCUGAUGAAGCAGGCCCCAAGAGCAAGUUCUCCUUGGCUGCAGGACGUGCCACAGGCCCGCUGGAUGAAAUUCUCCUGCUGUACCCAUCGGCCGCUGAUCAUGCCGGGGGUCAGGCCAAGACUUCGGAGCAGGGCACGCAGACCCCAGACUCCCAUGGGCUCCACUGGAGCUGCACUGACAUCUCCUCUGCCACACCAGAUGCCAGCACGUCGGUCUCACAUCUCGCCUCGUGGGCCAGCAUGCACAGCCUGUCUCUCCACCUCUCGCAGCUUCUGCACAAUACGUCGGAGCUGCUGGGGAGUCUCUCCCAGCCCAGCGCAGCCAGGAAGGAGCAGCACACCGAGAAGGGCAGCCCCGGUGGGAGCCCACGGGUCCUCAGGAUGGACAGCUGUACUCAGACCCCUGUGGACAAGGGCAGCCAGACUGACUUGUCCUCACCGCCUCUGCGGCUCCAGGCACCGGAGACCGAUCCUCAGGAAGUCAGUGGGACCCUUGAAGAGCUGGCCCUGGGUGCCUUGACUGUGUCUCCAGUGGGGGGAGAGAGCCCACCGGCAUCUGAGAAAGGAGAGGCAGAAGAAGCCACGUGGGAAAUGGCAGAGUGCCCUGAUCUUCAGCAAGAAAACAUCCAUUGCAGGCCCCAGAGGUCUUUAGUGCCUUUACCCCAUUGGAAGUUUCAGAAAGAUGCCCUGCAGCAGAAGCUGCCAUCUGUGAGCCCCCAAGGCUCUGCCAGUGUGACCCUGCCACUUGCCUCCCAACCAGAGGUAUCUUCUUGCCUGGUUGUCAGUAGCCCUUGCCUCAGCUCCUCUCCCUCUCCAGGGCUCAGUCCCAACACCGCGGAAUCUAUCGGGGAGCCUAGGAUCCAGAAGAAGCCGGGCCUCAUGAGGACCUUGGUGGUAGACAGGGCCUCCUCCCCAAUCCUCACCCUCAGUGCCAGCUCCCAGGGCGUGUGUCUCCCUCCAGGCCGGUUGACGCACCCAGCCUUCUUAGAUGAGCCUCGCCAAGGCCCUGGAAAGCUUGAGACUAGCCUAGAGCCUCCCCUUGACACCCCAGCACCUCCAGGUCAUUGCUCCCAGCCCAGUGAUGAGUUGGGUGGACCUCAGAGAGCUGAGGUUCUGCAAGAGGAGCGCAGUAGACCCUUAGAAAGGAACAACAGGUCAGCCCUGGACUUAAGCUUGCUAGGUAGCCCACAGCCUUGCCCGGAGCUCCCAGUUAGUGUCCUAGCGCAGCCAGCUGAGGAGAUUCUGCCUAGGGCUGCCCAGACGGUGCCCACCCCGGUACCACGGAGCACACUGGCCUCUCCACCUCUGAGGAGCGAAGGCUGGAGGCUGGCCAAGAACUCUGUGCACGAGGACUUGGCUUCCCCACCGGAGUGUGGCCCACUGAGCAGCAGAAGGCCAAGGCAAUGGCCGGGCAGCCCGGAGACGGAGGCUGCGAGCUCGCCACUGCUCGUGGAGCCCGCCCUGUGGGGGGACGGCAAGCACUGUAGCCCAGGGCUGGAGGCUGAGCUGACAGAUAGCAUGAGGCUCCGGGAGUCUGCCUCGGACCCCGUCGGGGCCUGCCAACCCGACGGGCCGCCGAGCCUUGGACCCCAGGUGUGCGGGGCCCCUGCGCCCUCGCACCUCAGCCUGCAGGAGCUCCCAGCGCACAACAAGUUCAGGGACUGGUGUGGGCUGCUUGAUGGCGCUCCCGGGGGGCGGGCUGCCACCCAGGAGCCAGGGACCACCGCUGCUGUGGACUCUGGAGAGCAGGGGGAGAGGCCCCCGCAGCCGCCCGGAUGGCCCCACCGGGAGCAGAUCCCCCUGCAGGUGGGAGCCCAGAGCCGGCUCAGCGUGGAGCUCACGGAGGCGAAGCUGCACCGGGGCUUCGGGGAGGCGGACGCCCUGCUGCGGGCUCUGCACAGCAGGACUGGGGAGGCGCUGUCUGCCGACUGCCCCGCCUGCAUAGCCUGCUCCGGCUGGGAGGCGGUCUCUGGCCGGCAAAAGAAAGCCAUCCAAAGCCUCUGCCAAGAGCGGACCCCGAGCCUUCAGCAUUUCCGCCGGACUCGGAGUCUGAGCCCCCAGAAGCAGCGGAGCCUCCUGCCCCACGUGGAUUUCCCCACGCGGCACCUGGACUUGCCCAGCCGGCGCCGGGAGUACCUGCAGCAACUGAGAAAGGAGGUCGUGGAGACCACCAGGAAAUCGGAGGCUCUGCCCAGGUCUGCCGAGCCACCCUCUGACAUCGAGCUGCUGCUGCGAGACUACCAGCGGGCCCGUGAGGAGGCCCAGGUGGAGAUCGCCAGGGCCCGGGCGCGCCUGCGGGAGCAGACGGAGCAGGAGAAGCUGAGGAUCCAGCAGCAGAUCGUCUCCAAGCUGCUCAGGGAGGAGGAAAAGCUACACACCCUGGCCUCCUACAGCCCCUUGUGUACCAGCUCCAACGGGAGCCUGUCCUCUGGCAUCACCUCUGGCUACAACAGCAACCCAGCCUUGUCCUGCCAGCUCCAGUCCCCAGACAGCCUGGGGGACACAAACCUGUCCGAUUCAAGAGAGCCCUGGCUUGGGGACGGGCGGGGUCGCUGUGCCGAGAGGAACAGUCGCCUGUGCCUGGCUGGACCCUCCUGGAAGAGCUCAGCCUAUGGCCCCAGAGCCUCUCUGGGCAGUUGCUGCUGCUCCCCAUCCAGCCUGUCCAGCUUGGGGACCUGCUUCUCCUCCUCCUACCAGGACCUGGCCAAACACAUCGUGGACACCUCCAUGACUGACGUGAUGGCUGCUUGCUCGGAUAAUCUGCACAAUCUCUUCAUCCGCCAGGCAGCUGCUGGCUGGAACUAUCAGGGUGAAGAGCAGGGGGUGCAGCUUUACUACAAGGUGUUUUCUUCCACGCGGCAUGGCUUCCUGGGGGCAGGCAUGGUGGGCCAGCCCCUGCCUCAGGUGUGGACGGCAGUGAGUGACCCCACUCUGUGGCCCCUGUAUCACAAGCCCAUCCAGAGUGCGAGGCUUCACCAGCGGGUGACCAACAGCGUCAGCCUGGUGUACCUGGUGUGUGGCACAGGCCUGUAUGCGUGGAAGCAGCCUCGGGAUUUCUGCUGUGUCUGUGUGGAAGCCAGCGAGGGGCCCCUGUCUAUCAUGGCAGUGCAGUCUGUGUACGACAGGUCCAUGCCACGGCCCAGCAGAGAAGUGGUGCGAGGGGAGAUCCUGCCCAGUGCCUGGAUCCUGCAGCCUCUCACCCUGGGCGGGAAGGAGGUCACCAGAGUCGUUUACUUGGCCCAGGUAGAACUUGGUGCUCCAGGCUUCCCCGCACAGCUCCUCAAUUCCUGUAGCAAGCAGCAGCCACUGGUCAUCGCCAGGCUGGCUUCCUUUCUCGGCAGUUAGCAUUGGGCCAGCUGGAUAACGGUGCUGCUAAGCCUCGGGCCCAGGAUGUUGCAGACAGGGGCUGUGGCAGCUCCUUUCUGGACCCCAUUGUGAGAAGAUCCCAAGGCGGCCUGCUGGGGCUGCCUGGACAGACAAGACAGCCCACCCUCACUCACAAAGCCCAACUUGGUCACAGCUGGUGCCACCACAGAGCAAAGGCCUGAGCCCUGGGCACCCGGGUGAAGGAAGCUCAGUUCGCUUUGUGUGCUCACUUCCCAGGCCACAGCCUGGACUGGCGCAGGCCGCAGAGCUGGGGUCUGUGCAGCUCGGGCCAGCCUUGGCCAGGACACCCAAGGGGCUCCAGAGCUAAUGAACUGCCCUGUGGGCUGGGGCAUUAGAAAAGGGUUUCCAAGAAAACAGCUGCACAAACCAGAAAGUGGAUUCAGAAUCUUUUCUCCCUGACUUUCCCCACCCGUUUGCAAACAGCUUUAUUGUUACUCUGUGGGUUUUCCUCCUCAGGCCUUUGCAUCAGUCAGGAGAGCGGAGCAGCGCUCUGCUCAGAGACCCAAGCAAGGGCCAGCGAGGCCCCCUGCUAACAUAGGGUUGGGCGGGGCGGGUCGUGGAGGGGCUGCAGAUUCAAACUGUCCCUUUGGAGGGAGAGGCUGCCCCUCCUUAUGCCCAGGCCUCGGGGCACCACGGGGGUAUCUCACGAGUCUUCAGGGCUGCUGAAGUUUUUUUUUUGGAGGGGGGCACAUGGGGACCAAGAAAAUGUGGUUAAAAAGCCUGUUUUCUCUAAGUGCAGCAGAUGGUUUUCUAAAUGUUUGCAGGUUUUUUAUGACCUCAGAUUAUAUAUAUUUUUGCUUUUAUUUUUGUUUUGUAACAUUUGACCUACUUAAACACCCUAUUUAUGUACUCCCUUUCCUUCCAUAUAAACCUCUCGCUGAGAUGAUUGACCAAGGUCAGAACCCUGGCAAAGGAAA